AUGAAUCCUCCAAGUAUCACUAGCUCAAGCACUAUUGAGGAUCCAGAGAGUUUUGUUGAGGCACUACAGAAGGUAUUUGAGGUUUUGCACGUGGCCAAUGCUGAGCGAGUAGAAAUAGUUGCAUAUCAACUGAAGAAUGUUUCUAGAACUUGGUUUGACCAAUGGAAGGAGGGUAGACCUAGGAGAGCACCACAUGUUGAGGAAGAGAAGGUCAGUGAUAUAGAGGGGUUCAGAAGAAAGAAAGCGAAGACGGGGAGUGAGUCCGGGCAACAAAGAAAUAACGUGAACCAAUCUUCUUUCCAACAAAAGAAAAAGGGACCUGAUCCAUUAUCUGCUUGUUCACCUGCACCUAGAAACAAAGGUAAAUAUCGGGAUGGAUCCACAUGUUGUUUCAAGUGUGGAGAAGAGGGUCACUUCAUGAAAGAGUGGCCUAAUAACCGACAAGGUAAUGGGGAUCAGGGCAAUAAAGCCCAAUCUUCAUCAGUUUCUCCACCAGACAAGGUUGCACUUAGAGGAGCUACUUCCGGUACUGGAGGAGGAGCAAACCAUCAUUAUGCGAUCACUAGUUGUCAAGAGCAAGAGAAUUAUCCAUAUGUUUUCACUGUUCUGAUCAAAGUCUUUAAUCUUGAUGUUUAUGCUUUUCUAGACUGA